UGUACGAAUGGUGGCUAGCAAGGCAUGACAAAGUAUACAAUGGUUUGGAAGAGAAGGACAAAAGAUUUCAAAUUUUCAAGGAUAAUAUUAUGUUUAUUGAUGAACAUAACUCGGAGAAUCGAACAUACAAGGUGGGAUUGAACCAGUUUGCUGAUCUGACUAAUAAAGAGUACAGGUCCAUGUUCUUGGGUACGAGGUUUGUGAAAUCAAAAAUAGCUAGCCAGCGUUAUGCUAUUCGGGUUGGCGGAAUUUGUUGGUUGGAGAAAGAAAGGAGCCGUUGCUCCGGUUAGAAAUCAAGUUGUGUAAGUAGUUGGGCUUUCUCAACUGUUGCUGCCGUUGAAAGCAUAAACCAGAUAGUUACAGGGGGAACUUGUCCCUCCAUCAGAACAAGAAGUAGACCGUGACAGAAUCAAAAAUUCUGGGUGCAAUGAAGGUCUAAUGGUCUAUGCCUUCCAAUUCAUUAUAGCCAGUGGUGGCAUUGAUUGACACUGAAGAUGAUUACCCCUACAGGGGUAUUGAUGGUAGAUGUGAUCCUGCCCGGGCUAGUGUUUUUCGAGAAAAAUGCCAAGGCUGCUAGCAUAGAUGGUUAUGAAGAUGUACCACCCCGGAAAUGAGAAAGCAUUGCAGAAUGCCGUGGCACAUCAACCAGUGAAUGUUGCUAUUGAAGCCUCCGGACGAGCUUUCCUGCCCUACUCGAAAACUGAGCUGGUGGAGGGAGUUGGGAGUUGGGACUUAGCACGAGAGAUGAAACUUCCAUGACUGGAAAAAAAAUGUGCACACACUUGAGAUGGGCCAACGAUUUCCUUUUUCCAGCAGGCAAAUGGCCCCCACCCCACUAUUUAUAUUUCUUGAUAAAAUGAUAUGCAAUUUUUCUAAUAUUUUUCACGUGUGGAUCAAACAGAUGCUUUAACAAUCUGGCUAAAUGUACACUUUUUUUUACAUUAAGUUUGACAUUGUGCCACUUGUCACACAACAAAUGGUCAGUUUUAAAAUGAAAAACACUUUCUUGCUCAUACAUUUUUGAAUUUUCAAGAAUUUACAAGUAAUGUCAAACUCCAUGUACAACAUGGAGUGUACAUGGGCCAUUAUUCUAAAAAUAGCACACUGUAACUAAAUAUUGACAGAUUUGUUCAAGUUUUCAAGAUUCGUGAGCAAACGCAUCUAAGACACUGAUGCCUUCCAAAUACCGACUCUCUUAACAGGUUAAGUUUUCAACAUGGCAUAAGAGCAUGUUCAUGAAAAUUAUGCAUGAGUUGAGCCAUUGAUUAAAAUACCAAAACGUCAGAGUUCCAGUAUUCAGAUUAAGGUCAUUUGAAGUUAAAUUGACUAUCAAUUCUCAAUUUCAGAUAACAACAGUUCAGGAACCAAAACAAUGUUGAAGAAACGUGAAGAGUUUAUAAUUACGCUUUAAUUAAGAAGGGUCCACCGGGCUGCCCCGUUGGAUUAGAUAGCCAAAAUUCAAACAGCUUUUGGAUAUAUCAAAUCAAAUGGUUGCUGUAUUCAACAAAGAGCUUCUGAGUUGGUACCUCAUCACCCUCAAGCUCAAAGAAACAGUUGAAUCUGGCCUUCAGAAUGCUCAAAGUCCCAGCACCAACAGAUCAAUUGAGUUCCCUGCACAAUCGCACCAAGAACUGCAAAAACAAGAAAAUCUAGUAUGGAAUUCAUUACAAAUAGAGGCCAAGGAUGAAAUCCAGGAUGAUGAAGAUGCCAAGGGCCCCACUUCACCGGAAUCCGAGUGGGUGAUCAGCAUCAAAGAAAAACUCAAUCAAGCACACCAAGAGGAUGCAGCUGCCUCGUGGGCAAAGCUCUGCAUCUAUAGGGUUCCCCAGUGCCUCCGGGAAGGAGAUGACAAGGCCUACAUUCCACAGAUUGUCUCGCUGGGCCCUUAUCACCAUGGCAGGAGGCGUCUACGCAACAUGGACCACCAUAAAUGGCGCGCCCUUUAUCACAUUCUUAAGCGUACCAAUCAAGACAUAAAACAGUAUCUUGAUGCAGUUAAAGAACUCGAGGAAAAGGCACGUUCUUGUUAUGAAGGAUCUAUAAAACUUGGUAGCAAUGAGUUUGUCGAAAUGAUGGUGCUCGAUGGCUGCUUCAUUCUUGAGCUCUUCCGUGGCGUUGCUGGGGGAUUUACACACCUUGGUUACUCUAGAAAUGAUCCAAUAUUUGCUAUGCGCGGUUCAAUGCACUCAAUUCUACGUGAUAUGAUCAUGCUUGAAAAUCAGAUCCCUCUAUUAAUACUUGAUCGAUUAUUAGGCCUUCAGAUAGGAAAUCCAGAUCAGCAAGGGAUGGUGGCUAAGUUGGCAUUGAGGUUUUUUGAUCCGUUAAUGCCAACGGACGAACCAUUGACAAAGAGUGACAGAAACAAAUUGGAGUCGUCUAUUGGAAACUCGAACACCUUUGAUCCAUUAACGGACCAAGGUGGGCUACAUUGUUUGGAAGUUUUCAGGCGAAGUCUUCUGGUGAUGCGCGCAGGGCCUAAACCAACUCCGAGAAUUUGGAUCAAAAAAUGGUCACACACUAAUCGAGUAGCAGAUAAACGAAAACAGCAAUUGAUUCAUUGUGUCACUGAGCUAAAAGAUGCAGGGAUCAAAUUCAAGAAAGGCAAAACGGAUCGAUUCUGGGACAUUAAGUUCAAGAAAGGAAUUCUUAAGAUUCCUCGUCUCUUAAUCCACGAUGGUACUAAAUCACUCUUCCUUAAUCUUAUAGCAUUUGAGCAAUGCCAUUUGGAUUGCACGAAUGACAUAACAUCAUACAUAAUUUUCAUGGAUAACUUGAUUGAUUCGGCUGAGGAUGUGAGUUAUUUACACUAUUGUGGAAUAAUUGAACAUUGGCUUGGGAGUGAUGCAGAAGUUGCGGAAUUGUUCAAUCGCCUUUGUCAAGAAGUCGUUUUUGACAUGAAUGAUAGUUAUCUUUCGAGGCUGUCAGAACAAGUUAACAAAUACUAUGACCACAGAUGGAAUGCUUGGAGGGCUAGUCUUAAACAUAGAUAUUUCAACAGUCCAUGGACGAUAAUUUCGUUCAUAGCUGCUGUCUUUUUGCUGCUGAUGACCUUGGCGCAAACAUUUUACGGGAUUUAUGGAUAUUAUAGACCCAGUUCUUGAGUACACUUUACUCCUAGGUUCACGUUUUGCAAAACAUACUGAUACAAUGUUGAAUUGUCUGUUUGAGGUUUUCUUUGUACACGGUGCUUUUGUCGAAUUGGACAGGCAUCAAGUUUUGAUUUGAGCUUGUUGUAAUCGAGUUAAAUUCUAUAAUUUAUAAGUUGGUGUGACCUGGAUCCACCCAAUUACUUUGAACAA